UUGGAAAGUUUGCAUCGUGGAAUCAGGAAGUUCAGUAAAACGUUAGUGUUAAACAGUAAUCUAUGCCUGCCACUGCUAACGACUUAAAAACUGUGAAACCCUAUCGUGAUGCUCACUGGACUUCUCAACCAUGUGAGGAUUGUGCUGCCUUGUUGGAGGGUGACAGCUGAAUUCAGGCCUCCUAUAUGUGGAGGAACUCUGCCCUGAUAGUCAUUAACCAGUAACUCCAGUAGGAAUGUCCUACUGGACUGUUGGCCUUCCCCAGGACUCUGGAGACACUCCCAGCAACAUGGAGCAACAAAGCAGCCCUGGGGAGGAAAUGGGAGCCAGGGCAUCAUUGGUGGAGGGUCUGGGGUCCGGCUCUGCACUGGUUCAUUCUGCCACUCUGGAGAACAUCCAGGCAGCAUAUGAAGAUGGAGAGGAGGAGGCUGCCAGGGAGCUGAUCCAACAAGCCUGCUGCGUGGAGUGCAGCGCGGGCACACCUCACAUCGAUGGCGUACGUCUCCUGUGUUUGGCCACUCAGUAUGGUGAUCUGCAGAGUGUGCGUUACCUCCUCAAAGAAGCCCGUAUCACUGUGCCCCAGGAGCCAUCCAACAGCAACCCAGCCAUCCUGGCAGCAUAUUACGGCCACACCAGCCUGGUCAAAGAGCUGAUGAAUUCUAUACCUGGUCCAUGUCUGAGGAGAGACUUGCUGAACUGGAUGCUGGCCACAUCUUGCCAGCACGGUCACCUGGACGUGGUCCGGCUGCUGGUCCACGGCUAUAAUGCUGAUGCCAAGGACUGUGCCAUCCUCAGCGAUGAGUUUGCUGUCAUCACUGGGCUGCCGCUGUACGCUGCUGCGCGAGCAGGGAAUGAGGAGAUAGCUCACUUCCUGCUGCAGAAUGGAGCAGGAUUCUCAUCAUACACCCUGAUGGACCAUCCAGCCUUCAGCAAACACCUCCUCAGGCUCAGACUACAAGAAACCUCCAACGCAGAAGGAGAGGAGCAGGCUGUCAGUGUGUAUUGGAGUGGUCUGCAGCUGCCCUGGUUGGAGCUGGAUUGGUUCAUGGAUGUCUCCUCACGUAUCAACCACCUGGAUCUGUCAUCCAACAGCCUGGCUGCUCUGCCCUCUGUGGUGCCCUGGGGUCUCAUCAACCUGCAGACUCUAGAUCUUUCUAAUAACUUGCUGAAAGAGCUGCCAGCUGCUCACAACUCCCAGGAGGUCAUCUGCUCCAGUUUACAGCAGGUAAAUCUUUCUCAGAACCAGCUCACCAGUUUGCCACCCGGGCUACUCCAUCUGACCCACAUCCAGAGACUUUCUGUUGCCAAGAACCAGCUCACAGUCCUGUUUGACAUCCCUACCACUACUAACUGGAUCGGUCUUCGUAAGCUGGAGGAGCUGGAUGUGUCUGAUAACUGUCUGACCAGUCUGCCCACGGCAAUCCUGCGCUGUUUGAAAUCUCUGAGCUUCCUCAAUGUGUGCAGGAACAAACUGAGCACCUUCCCUGACCCCUGGGCUUGUCCACUGAAGCAAUGCAAAGCUUCCUCCAAUGUGAUCGAGAGUCUUCCAAACACCAUCUCCAUCUUCUGGAGGUCUCAGCUGCAGGAGGUGGACUUCUCUGACAACGGCCUGAAGGAACUGCCCUCAUACAUCUUUGAACUGGAGACUCUGGUCUCGUUGAGAUUGUGUGGGAAUCGCAUUGCGACACUCCCAGCCCCCAGUAAGUGGAAGUGCUCUCAGCUUAGGACCCUCGACCUUUCCAGGAACCAGCUGGGCAAAACAGAGGAGGGGCCCAAAUCCAGAAGGCUAGCCUUCCUGACUACAUGGAACAGGAGGGACCCAGAUCCAGUGUGUCCCAUAGAGUUUCCCCUGAUUCUGCGGGAUUCACUGGAAGUGCUUUUCUUGAAUGACAACCAGCUGGAGUGUGUUCCCCAAUCAGUGUGUGGUCUGCACAGCCUCACUGAGCUCUACCUCUCCAAUAAUGCUGGAAUCCGGGAGCUUCCAGCAGAGCUUGGCCAGCUCUCCAACCUGUGGCAGCUGGACAUUGAAAACCUCAACAUUACUAAUGUCCCCCAGGAAGUAAGAAAAGAAGGUCCUGCGUCUGUCCUGGCUUUCCUCCGGGCACACCUUCGAAAGGCAGAGCCUUUUAAACUGCUGAAGAUGCUUGUGAUUGGUCCACCGAGGCAGGGGAAGACGGCCCUUCUGGAGGCUCUACAGACUGGCAGGGCAUCCCCCUUCACCCCAGCAGAAUGCAGCAUCUCAACCUCCAUCUGGGAGUUGGACAAACCCAACGGAGGCAAAAACACAAAGGACUCGGUGGCGUUCAACGUGUGGGACAUCGGUGGUCAAGCCAGCAUGUCCACAGUGAACCAGUGUUUCUUCACAGAUAAGGCCCUGUAUGUGGUGAUCUGGAACCUGGCUCUGGGAGAGGAGGCUGUGGCCAACCUGCAGACAUGGCUGCUUAACAUAGAGGCGCGAGCGCCCAACUCUGCAGUGGUGGUUGUGGGAACACAUUUGGAUCUCAUCGACACCAAGUUUCGCACUGAGAGACUGGCUACGCUGAGAGCUUAUAUUCUGGCUCUUUGCCGAUCCCCGUCAGGGGCUCGAGCCACCGGCUACCCUGACAUCACCUGGAAACACCUGCAUGAAGUGUCCUGUAAGACCCUGGAGGGUUUGGAUGUGCUGAAGAAGCUGAUCUACCAGGUGGCUCUCUCCAUGAAAGACAACAGCAGCACAGCCUGUGGCAGUAAACUGCUGGGCAGACUGAUCCCCAGGAGCUACCUGACACUUCAGGAAGCAGUGAUAGCAGAGAAGCAGAGGCGAGAUGCUGAGGGAGAGGUCCAAUACCUAACUGAUGCCCAGCUGGACCACAUCAUUGAACAGAACCCAGGAAGUGACAUCAGAGACUAUGAGGACGUGCAGACUGCCAUCAGCUUCCUAAUGGAGACGGGGACCCUGCUGCACUUCCCUGAUACCAGCCAUGGCCUGUGUACCCUCUACUUUCUGUGUCCUGUAUGGCUGUCGGAAUGCCUGGAGAGGAUCAUGCACCUCAAGUCCUCUCGCUCUGUGGCCAGGAAUGGAGUGAUCCAAGCUGAAGACCUCAGGAUGCUAUUGGUAGGAACAGGGUUCACCCAGCAGACAGAGGAACAGUAUUUCCAGUUUCUAGCCAAGUUUGAGAUUGCUCUGCCUGUGGCCAACAACAGCUAUCUGUUGCCCCACCUCCUUCCACCCAAGCCAGCCAUGGAUAUCCAUGGCUUCCGCCAGCAGACCAACAACACUCUGCAGCGCCUUGUUAAGAUGAGCUUUGUUCCUGCUGGAUUUUGGGAGCGCUUCAUUGCCAGGAUGCUUAUCAGCCUCACAGAGAUGGACCUGCAGUCAUUUGAGCCCAAAAGAAACACCAGGAGCCAGCACAGCAGGAACUCUGUGAUCUACAGCUUUGCUGGAACCCAGCAGAGGAAUCGUUGCAGCACCUUCAGAGUCCGACGCAGCCAGACCAUCUACUGGAAGGAGGGGCUGCUGGUCACUUUUGAUGGAGGUUACCUCAGCGUGGAGUCAUCAGAUAUCAACUGGAAGAGGAAAAAGAGUGGAGGCAUAAAGAUCAUCUGCCAGUCAGAGAUGAGAGAUUUCUCUGCCAUGGCCUUCAUCACAGACCACGUCAACUCUCUGAUCGAGCAGUGGUUCCCUGCUUUGACGGCCAGUGAGAGUGAUGGGAGUCUCCUCAUAGAGCAGUAUGCCCCCUGUCCCCUCUGUGCCUCACUGGGCCAACAAAAGCAGGCCGAGCUCCUAGCUAGCCGGUCGAGCCAGGUCGGAGAGAGAGGUGGAUGUGGAGGAGAUGAUGGAGGAGGUGCAGGGAUUCAUUACUUUAACAUGGAGGACUGUGUGCUGGCUGCAGUGGAGAAGGAGCACAUAAUCUGUCCUCAGCACCCUGACCACCCAGUCACCCUCCAGGAGCUGGUCCCAGAACUCUUCAUGACUGACUUCCCUGCACGGCUCUUUUUGGAGAGGGCCCAGCUGGAGUACUCUGAGGAGGAGAAUAACAUCCUUGGCCAAGGUGGCAGUGGGACCAUCAUCUACCGAGCCCGAUAUUGUGGCCAGCCGGUUGCUAUCAAACGUUUCCACUUCAAGAAGUGUCGACAGCAGGCCAUCAGCAACAACACAGACACCAUGGUGAAACACCUGCAGUCUGCAGAUGCCUGUCGGAGCUUCUCUGAAUAUCGCCAGGAGGCCAGUAUGUUGCACUCUCUGCAGCAUCCCUGCAUCGUCUCUCUGGUGGGCAUCAGCAUCCAUCCACUCUGCUUUGCCCUGCAGUUAGCCCCCCUGGGCAGCCUCAACACUGUUCUGGAAGAGAAGCGCAAAGGCUCCAGGUACAUGCCGCUUGGUCACAUGCUAACCUUCAAAGUAGCCUAUCAGAUUGCAUCAGGACUGGCAUACCUUCACAGGAAAAGAAUCAUCUUCUGUGAUCUCAAAUCUGACAACAUUCUGGUUUGGUCUCUGGAGGUGCAGGAUCCAGUCAACAUUAAACUGUCUGACUAUGGCAUUUCUCGACAAUCCUUCCAUGAGGGGGCGUUGGGGGUCGAGGGCACACCGGGUUACCAGGCUCCUGAGAUCCGACCAGGCAUCGUGUAUGAUGAAAAGGUGGACAUGUUCUCCUAUGGUAUGGUGCUGUAUGAGCUGCUGUCUGGGCAGAGGCCAGCGCUGGGACACCACCAGCUUCAGAUAGCAAAGAAGCUCUCCAAAGGCAUCCGGCCAGUGCUAGGCAGUCCAGAGGAGGUUCAGUUCUACUGCAUCCACAGCCUGCUGACUGAAUGCUGGGACACCAAGCCCGAGAAGAGGCCGGUGGCCAUGCAGUGUGUGAGGCAGAUGCAGGAGCCCAGCUUCCCCUGCCUCAGGUAUGUAUUGUCGUGUGACAGCCACUCGCAGCUGUUCCUGUCCCAGCUGCAGGGAUACAGCGCUGUGUUCUGGAACGGAGACAAGGACGACAGGAACUACAGUGUGGUGAAUGUGGAGAAGGGCCAGGUGGAGGUGAAGAGGAUGUCCUGUCCAGGCAGCAGGAUUAGCUGUCAGAUGAAGAUGGGUAACACUCUGUGGAUGGCCACUGAGGAGCAGGAGGUGUUCAUCUACAGUUUGAAGGACAUGUGUCCACUCAGUCAACCCCAGAAACAGUUCUCCUGUCCAGCCAUCAUCACCUGCCUAUUCCCUGUUCCAGCAAGAGAACAGAACCUGGCCAGAGUGUUUGCGGGAAUGUCUGACGGCCUGGUGGCAGUGUACAGCUUGGUGGAAGACCUUCCUCUGGAGGGGGAAGCCUACCUGUGUUCACACACCCUCAACAAGACGGUGUUUGGUCUGAAGGACACAGAUCCCAGACAGAGACCCUACCCAGUCAGGAGCAUGGCUCUGGUCAGCAGUGGCUCCCAGCUAUGGUUCUCCAACGGUCCGGGUGUGCUGGUCAUCGACUGUCUGAGUCUUCAGGCAGUUCGAAGGCUGGAGCUCUACAGCCCGCCAUCCUCCAUCAUAUCAAUGACAACCAGCUUCAGUCUAUGGGGAGAGGAGGCAGUCUGGACUAUUGAUGACCACAUCAACACCCUGCUGCUCUACCAUGCUGCCUCCUACCAGCUCUGUGCCAAGUACUGCUGCGGAGACAGCAAUCCUCUACGGGACGUCUUCACUGUGCAGCGUCCUGCAGGGGUUAGCAUGGUGACAACCACUGACCUCAAGAACACGGCCCAAGAAGAGAAGCGGGAAUGUAUUAAUGGAGAAGUGACAUUGAUCUACAGUGAGGAGGCGGGAACUCAGAUCAUCCAACACCAGGAUUCACUGACAGACUACUGCUCCAUAUCAUCCAACUACUUGCUGGAGCCGCUGGGGUCAGACACCUCAGGCCUCAGCUCAUUAGCCAGCCACAGCAGUGUACCACUGCCUGCAGAGGAGGAGACGGGCAGGUACCAGGACCAGCAGGCAUCCAUCAACCCUGAGUCUGAUCUGGACUCUCCAGAGACUGUGAACCCUACAACGCCUCAGCUGCGAGCCUUCACUGUGCUUCCUGUGAACGGAACUCUGUGGGUCCCCAGGCGUGGAGGUGAUGUGAUGGUCAUCGAAAUGCAGUCACAUGCCGAUCAGCUGACGGGGCGUGUCAUCGCUGUCCUCAGUCCACCCGGAUGUUUCACUUUGGGGAUCCUGGAGGAGGCAGCACUAGUGGCAAAGGACACAGUUGUAUGUGCCUUUCGUAAGGAAAAUAUGGAGUGGUGCCUGUGUGUCUGGAGGGGCUGGGGCUGCCACGAGCUGAAAGUCUUCUACCAGUCCUACGAGGAGCUGGGCCGCUUGGAGACCAGCAUGAGGAAAAGAAGGUAGCUGUUGUGCUGUGACGGCGAGGUGCAGAAUCGCAGCUCUGUAUGGAGCCGAGGGGAAUACACACCGACAGACUGCCAGUGCUCAGAGCAGAGGGCUGCCGAAUGCUGACAUCGGGGCAAUGGAGGGGUCAUUAAUUCAGUAUAAUGUUGGACAUUGCUUCUUUAGUCUUGUUUAUUAAAACAUGUUGUGUGAUGAAUCCUCAAGGAAUGUUUGCUGCCCCCAGUCGACAAUACAUACUCUGGGACUUGUAUUAUUAAAAUUCUUGGUCAUUACCAGCAGUAACCACAGAUGUCACCAAAUCAGCCAGGAUUUAAAUUGGUAGGACUAUUACAAAGUUAAAAUAAUUGACUUCAUCUCCCAUGAGGCUUUGGCAGUGUGUCAACAGCUUAUGAUGGCUAUGUUGUUGUUGAAAACGAACAAAAUAAAAAAAAAUCCUUUUAACAUGA